UGCUGCUGCAGCAUUCGCUGCCCACAUCCCCUCGAAAUGCCUUCCGCCGCCCCUCCAGACGAAGAUGCACCCUUCGACAUCGUCUCCACCUACCACCGCCUCCUCGCUUCCGACCCAGACCUGACAAUGCCCGUGGCAGCAAUCGAAUCACUCAUUCUCGGCCUCGCCGCCCACCCUUCCACCACCGUAUCCGAAACCCUCGACAGCGUCCAAAACCUCACCAAACAGCUCAAAGACUCCAUCCCCAACUCCCUCUCCCUCUCAGCAGGCACCGACAUUUUCCAACAAUACCUCAUCAGCAAUCUCAACCGUCCCAACCACAGCUCCGCCAUCACGUCGAUCCCCGAAAUCCACAAACAUCUCGUCCAAAACGGCAAAUUAUUCGUGCAACGCGCCAAAGCCGCUCGCGAAGAAAUCGCCAAAUUCGGUAAACUCUUUCUCAAAGACGGCGACACCAUCCUCACCAGCGGCGGCUCUCGCGUCGUCGGUUCAUUUCUCAAAGCCGCCGCUUCCGAUCCCUCUCUCAGUCUCUCCCCUAUUGAAUUCCGCGUCAUUUACGUCCUUGACAACCACCCCACCACCGCCUCCGAGUCCGCAAAUAAUAUUUCCGCACUCCGAAGCAUGGGGAUUCCCGUCGCUACAAUCCCUCCCACAGCUAUUGCGUACGCGAUGAAUCAAGUUACGGCAGUGUUUGUGGGUGCGGAAGGCGUGGUGGAGAAUGGAGGGAUAAUAUCUCGAAUGGGAACGUAUCAGAUGGGAUUAUUGGCGAGAGCGGCAGCGCAGCAGAAGCCGUUUUAUGUUUUGGCUGAAAGACAUAAGUUUGUGAGAUUGUAUCCGCUGAGGCAAAAGGGUUUGGGGGUUACGCAGAAGGUGAUGGAUUUUAAGAUUGUGAAUGGAGAGGGGGAAGAGGUGAGUUGUGAGGAGGAGGAUGGGAAGGAGGAGAAGGAGGGACAGGAACGGGAGGAUUGUUUACAGGUGGAAGAUAGUGUGGAUUAUACUCCGCCGGAGUUGAUUAGUGGGAUUAUCACGGAGACGGGUGUCAUGUUGCCCAGUGCUGUGAGUGAGGAACUUAUCAAGAUUUGGUUCUAGAAAGGGUUCGGGGAGAUGAUGGUGAUGACGAAGAUGACGAUCGAUGGAAUGUGCUACUAGAGAUGGAAACUGACACGGCAGUCAAAUGUCAGACCGACCACGAAUGAGGGAGAGAAAGAGGGUCGAAAGAAAAGUGACAUGACAUGUCCAUUACUCUCAAAAAGUGAUGUAGAGCCCGAGCAGAGAGCACAUACCCACCCAGCCCACCAGAAGGCAUUGAAGUGGUCUAAAGCCGAAAAAAAAAUUUAAUAUCUUAAAACCAC